AUGGCUGGCCACACUGGAGACAAGCUCAUCGCCCUUGAGGCCAGAGAAGGCACUGAAUGUGUCCGUCUCGCCGAAGGCAAAUCCUUUGGUGCUGAGAAGAGCGUAGCCGGCGAGCUGGUCUUCUCGACUGGCAUGGUCGGCUACGAGGAGUCCAUCACCGACCCUUCAUACAAAGGCCAAAUCUUGGUCCUCACCUACCCCCUGAUCGGCAACUAUGGUGUGCCCGACAGAAACGAGAUGGAUCCUCUUCUCAAGGACCUCCCUGCUCACUUCGAGGCCUCUCAGAUCCACGUUUCUGGUCUGAUUGUUGCUUCUUACUGCGGCGAAGACUACUCACAUUACCUGGCCACCUCUUCAUUGGGCAAAUGGCUGAAGGAGCAAGGCGUGCCUGCUCUUUGCGGAGUCGACACCCGCGCCCUCACCAAGAUCAUCCGCGAGAAGGGUAGCAUGCUCGGCCGCAUGAGACUGCAAAAGUCCGGCUCCAAGGCUGCUGCUCCUAUCACCAACGGCAUCACCCUCAGCAACGGCGAGACCGAGGAGAAGCCCGAAUUUGAGGAGGUCGAAUGGUCCAACCCCAACAACAAGAACUUGGUUGCAGAUGUUUCGAUCAAGGAACCCAAGAUUUACUCGCCCGACCCUUCAAAUGCCCUGAAGCACCCCUCGGGCAGAUCCAUUCGCAUUGUCUGCGUCGAUGUUGGUCUCAAGUACAACCAGCUUAGAUGCCUCGUCAAGCGUGGUGUCGAGGUACAGGUCGUUCCCUGGGACUACGAUUUCCCCGCGUUGGCUGGCAAGGAGUACGAUGGUCUCUUCAUUUCCAACGGUCCUGGUGACCCGGCAUUGAUGGAGAAGACUGUCAAGAACAUUCAGGCCAACAUCCGCGAGGCCAGAGUCCCCAUCUUCGGUAUCUGUUUGGGACACCAGCUUCUUGCCCGUGCUUCGGGUGCUGAGACCGUCAAAAUGAAGUACGGUAACAGAGGCCACAACAUUCCUUGCACAAACUUGAUCUCCGGCAAGUGCUACAUCACAUCCCAAAACCACGGUUACGCCGUCGACUCGCGCACCUUGACUCAAGACUGGUCUGAGCUGUUCGUCAACGCAAACGACGGCUCCAACGAGGGUAUCAGACACAUCAGCCGCCCCUACUUCAGUGUCCAAUUCCACCCCGAAAGUGCCCCCGGUCCUCAGGACACCGAGAACCUCUUUGAUGUCUUCCUGGAUGCCGUCCAGAAGGUCAUCGAGGACCCCAGCAUGAUGCACCAGCCCAUCAAGUUCCCUGGCGGUGAUCUUGCUGAGAACCAGAAGGCCAACCCCAGAGUCUCCGUCAAGAAGGUCCUGGUUCUUGGCAGUGGUGGUCUUUCCAUCGGUCAAGCCGGUGAGUUCGAUUACUCUGGUUCGCAAGCCAUCAAGGCUCUUAAGGAGGAGGGUAUCUACACAAUUUUGAUCAACCCCAACAUCGCCACCAUCCAGACUUCCAAGGGUCUGGCCGACAAGGUCUACUUCCUUCCUGUGAACGCCGACUUUGUCCGCAAGGUCAUCAAGCAGGAGAAGCCUGACGGUAUCUACUGUACUUUCGGUGGUCAGACUGCUCUGUCGGUCGGUAUCCAGCUCAAGGAUGAGUUCGAGAGCCUUGGUGUCAAGGUCCUCGGUACCCAAAUCGACACUGUCAUCACCACUGAGGAUCGUGAGCUCUUCGCUCGUGCCAUGGAGUCGAUUGGCGAGAAGUGCGCUAUGUCCGCCUCUGCCAACAACAUGGAGGAGGCUAUCGCUGCUGGUAAGCAGAUUGGCUUCCCUCUGAUCAUUCGUGCCGCAUACGCUCUCGGUGGUCUGGGCAGUGGUUUCGCCGACAACGAGGAGCAACUUGUCGAACUCUGCAACAAGGCCUUUGCUGCCAGUCCUCAAGUCCUCAUCGAGCGUAGUAUGAAGGGCUGGAAGGAAAUCGAGUACGAAGUCGUCCGUGAUUGCCAGGACAACUGCAUCACGGUCUGUAACAUGGAGAACUUCGACCCUCUGGGUAUCCACACUGGUGACUCCAUUGUCGUUGCUCCCUCGCAGACUCUCUCUGACAAGGACUUCAUGAUGUUGAGACGCACUGCCGUCAACGUCAUUCGUCACCUCGGCGUUGUUGGUGAGUGUAACAUUCAGUACGCUCUCAACCCUGACUCAAGAGAGUACUGCAUCAUUGAGGUCAACGCUCGUCUGUCGCGUUCCUCGGCUCUUGCUUCUAAGGCUACUGGUUACCCCUUGGCUUUCGUUGCUGCCAAGCUUGGUCUCGGUAUUCCAUUGAACGAGAUCAAGAACACCGUCACCAAGGUUACCUGCGCCUGCUUCGAGCCUUCCCUCGACUACGUCGUUGUCAAGAUUCCCCGUUGGGAUCUGAAGAAGUUCACUCGUGUCUCCACUCUCCUCGGCUCCGCCAUGAAGAGUGUUGGUGAAGUCAUGAGCAUUGGUAGAACAUUCGAAGAAGCAAUCCAGAAGGCUAUCCGAGCUGUCGAUGUCAGCAACCUCGGCUUCCAGGAGACCAGCGCUCUUAUGUCUAUCGACCAGGAGCUGCAGACUCCUUCUGACCAGAGAAUGUUUGCAAUUGCCAACGCCAUGCACUCUGGUUACAGCGUCGAGAAGAUCUGGGAGUUGACCAAGAUCGACAAGUGGUUCCUCAGCAAGCUCAAGGGCUUGAGCGACUUCGGCAAGCUCAUGAGCACCAAGAAGGUUACCGAAGUCCCUUCAACUCUUUUCAGACAGGCCAAGGAGCUCGGUUUCUCAGACAAGCAAUUGAGUAUUUUCUGGUCCACCAAUGAGCAGACUGUCCGCAAGCACAGACUCGAGUACGACAUCAUGCCCGUUGUCAAGCAAAUUGACACAGUCGCUGGUGAAUUCCCAGCGUACACCAACUAUCUAUACACGACGUAUAAUGGCGUAGAAAGUGACGUUCAGUUCAACGACAACGGUGUCAUGGUUCUCGGAUCAGGCGUCUACAGAAUUGGGUCUUCCGUCGAAUUCGAUUGGUGCUCCGCCGACCGCCUGUACUUCGAGAACAUCACCCUCGAGACCGUCCUCGACAUUUACCAGCUCGAGAACUCCAGCGGUGUCAUCCUCUCUAUGGGUGGUCAGACUCCCAACAACAUCUCUCUGCCUCUCCACCGUCUCAACGUCAAGAUUCUUGGUACUUCCCCUGAGAUGAUCGACUCUGCCGAGAACAGAUACAAGUUCUCGCGUAUGCUCGAUAGAAUUGGUGUCGAUCAGCCUCAAUGGAAGGAGCUGACCAGCAUUGACGAGGCCAAGAAGUUCUGUGACGCAGUCUCUUACCCUGUGCUUGUCCGUCCUUCAUACGUUCUCUCUGGAGCUGCUAUGAACACUGUCUACUCCGAGCACGACCUCGCCAACUACCUUAACCAGGCUGCUGAGGUUUCGAAGGAGCACCCCGUCGUCAUCACCAAGUACAUUGAGGGUGCCAAGGAGAUUGAGAUGGAUGCUGUCGCCCGCAACGGUACCAUGAUCGGCCACUUCAUCUCUGAGCACGUUGAGAAUGCCGGUGUUCACUCUGGUGAUGCCACUCUCAUCCAGCCUCCUCAGGACUUGGAUGCCGAGACCGUCAGACGUAUCGAGGAAGCCACCAAGAAGAUUGGUGAGGCUCUCAACAUCACCGGUCCUUACAACAUCCAGUUCAUCGCCAAGGACAACGACAUUAAGGUCAUUGAGUGCAACGUCAGAGCCUCGAGAUCUUUCCCCUUCGUCUCCAAGGUCACUGGUGUCGACUUGAUCGAAUUGGCCACCAAGGCUAUGACUGGUCUUCCCCUCCAGGAGUACCCCCCUGUCACCAUGCCCGCAGACUACAUUGGUGUCAAGGUUCCUCAAUUCUCCUUCUCGCGUCUUUCCGGAGCUGACCCCGUUACUGGUGUUGAGAUGGCCUCCACUGGUGAGGUCGCAUGUUUCGGUCGCACCAAGUACGAGGCUUACAUGAAGGCUCUCGUCGCCACCGGCUUCCGUCUUCCCAAGAAGAACAUUCUUCUGUCUAUCGGUGCUUACAAGGACAAGCAAGAAUUGUUGCCUUCCAUUGAGAAGCUUCACAAGCUUGGCUACAGCCUUUACGCCACCGCUGGUACUGCUGACUUCCUCGAGGAGCACGGUGUUCCUUGCAAGUUCUUGGAGGCUCUUCAGGACGACGAGCAGAGAACUGAGUACUCGUUGACUCACGCUCUUGCCAACAACUUGAUCGACUUGUACAUCAACUUGCCCUCAAGCAACCGCUUCCGUCGCCCUGCCAACUAUAUGUCCAAGGGUUACCGUACUCGCAGAAUGGCCGUUGACUACCAGACUCCUCUGGUCACCAACGUCAAGAACGCCAAGAUUCUGAUCGAGGCCAUUGCUCGCAACUACGACAUGGCAGUCAGCAGCCUCGACUACCAGACCUUCGCUGAGCUUCCAUCGACCUCUCUUGAGGAGCCCAUUGCCAAGCAGACACCUUCUCUCCAGGAGCUCCUUCACAACUCUCCCUUCAAGGGCAGAGACAUCACCUCUGUCAACCAAUUCACAAGAAAGGAGCUCCAUCUCCUCAUGACUGUCGCUUCGGAGAUGCGUCUGGGUGUUGAGCGUGAGGGUGUUCUCGAUAUCCUCAAGAACAAGCUUCUCUGCUUGAUGUUCUACGAGCCUUCAACUCGUACUUCAUCUUCCUUCGAUGCUGCUAUGAAGCGUCUUGGUGGUCAAUGCAUCAUGAUCAACGAGUCUCACUCUAGCACCAAGAAGGGCGAGACUUUGUCAGACACCAUCCGCACUCUCGACCAAUAUGGUGAUGCUAUUGUCCUCCGUCACCCUGACGAUGACAGCGCCGAUGUUGCUGCCGAAGCUGCCGACCACCCCAUCAUCAACGCUGGCAACGGCUCCCGCGAGCACCCUACCCAGGCCUUCUUGGAUCUUUUCACCAUCCGUGAGGAGGUCGGUACAGCCAAUGGUCUCACUAUCACCUUCGUCGGUGACCUGAAGUACGGCCGCACCGUACACUCUCUCUGCGAGCUUUUGAAGCACUACGACUGCACCAUCAACCUGGUGGCACCCAAGGAGAUUGGCCUUCCUGAGAAGGUUCGCAGUGGUCUCCAGAGCCGUGGUCAACUUGGUGCCGAGUCUCACGAGCUUACUCCCGAGAUCGUCGCUAAGUCCGACGUCAUCUAUUGCACUCGUGUGCAGAAGGAGCGUUUCGAGGACCUGUCUCUGUACGAGAAGGUCAAGGAUGGUCUCGUCGUCAGCGCUGCCACCCUCAAGCACGCAAAGAAGAACAUGAUUGUCAUGCACCCUCUUCCUCGCAACCUUGAGCUCAGCCCUGAGGUUGACAACGACCCCAGAGCUGCUUACUUCAGACAGAUGAAGUAUGGCAUGUUCGUCCGCAUGGCCCUUUUGGCCUUGGUCAUGGCAUCAUAA